AUGACGGAGACGACAGACACUUCGCGCGUGGCGCGAAUUACAGCCGGCAGGGGCGAGCGCACGCAUUGCGGCACUUACUAUGCCCUGAAAGCGCGCAACCGACGCUCGACGGUAGCAACACGAUAUCGUCCGAGCGGCGGAGUGCGCCGACGGCGAGACGCUGAUUCAAUGGAACGAACGGCGAUCAGAGCCGUGCCAGGCGCCACCGGCCAACUUCGACCGAAAGUUGCAUCGGAGUUUGCUACGAAAAAACGUCCCGUAAACAAUCCAACCGCCCAGAAAACUAUGUAA